AUGGCCUCCAAGACGAGUGCAGUGGCCGACAACGAGCCAGUUGAUGUGCUCUUCGCCCUGCACGACAAGUUCGACUUCCUGGACUUUGCUGGCCCCCUCGAGGUCCUGACCACUGCCCUCCACGAUAUUAACGACCCUUCCACCAAAGCUUUCGACAUCACCAUCGCUUCAGACGAGCCCAAGGCGCUCUCUGCCGCCGGUGUCAUCGUUGGCUCUCAAAUCUCAUUCAAAGAGGCCCAUGAGCGCAUUGAGGAUUUCGACAUCGUCGUCAUCCUGGGCGGAAAUGCAGAGCCCAUCAUCAAGGCCAAGGCCGAGCCUCUCGCCCUCAUCACGGCCUACAGCGAGAUCCAGAAGAAGAGCCCCGAGCGAGAGCGCACUCUCUUCUCCGUCUGCACCGGAUCUCUCCUGCUCGCUCAGCAGGGAAUCCUAGCUGGGCUCUCGGCCACUACCCACCCCGAUUACAUUGUCACGUUCGAGAACAUUUGCAGUCUGGCCGUCCAGAGAGAUCUUGGUGAGCGCACCGAUGUUGUGGAGGACACGCGAUACGUUGUCAACAACCUGCGCUUCGAGCUCGGUGACGAGGACGAGAACCCCUACGUCCGAAGCACCAGGCCCGACGGCCGACGACCUUCCAAUGCUCGGAAGGGAAGCAUGUCCUUCAAGAGCUCCAACUCCCGUCGCGAGUCCAUCACCCGCCGCGCCGCCAUGCGCCUCGGUGGUCUUCGUGUGAUCACGGCGGGGGGAGUCAGCGCUGGCAUAGAUGCAGCCUUGUAUCUUGUCAGCGUGAUGGUCUCGGAGGAGUCUGCCAACGAGGCUGCUCGGAAGAUUUGCUGGAACUGGACCAAGGGCACCGUGGUUGAUGGACUUGAUGUCUGA